GCUGGCGCUGAUGACCACUUAUGCCAGAUGACUCUGAUAAUGCCUUUGCACAAGGGAAUAUAUGACACUAGUGGCCUUUGACUUUGACUGGACGUUGUAGGCUGUUGAUGGCUGCUAAAAUGGCAUCUAACCGAGUUUUUAAUAGUUCUUUUAAAAAAUGUGUUUUCAUAGAAAUCUUUGAUGGAGCAGCUAACAUGCCGUACCAAGUUUUUAUUAACGAGGGCUGUGCUACAGGAAAAUCUGACAUUGAGUUGAUAGUGGAAGCCAUGGUAGUAAAGAAGCCAUCACUAGGCCCAAUUUUGAAAGCACGUGGGUUUUACUUCACCAUAGAAAGUGAAUUUAAGCAAGGGAAAUGGAUUACUCUGGGAGAAAAAGAGACGGUUGUAGAAGGCUCAGAAUUACGUUUGAUGAUUCUUAACAAUAUCGAAAUAAUAGAAAUGGACCAGUCCACAGAGCUAACUUUUAAAGAAUCUCAGUUCAUCUCGAGUACUUUGAAAGGUACACGUAGUGCUGAUUUCACCUGUUCUAACUCACAACUUCUCCUUUCAGAAGACUCACAUGGUUCUCAUGCCAGACAAUCUCAAGAGUCUUUUACGUUACAGUCUCAUGGCUCUCCUUUGUUACCAUCUCAACAGAAUUUAUUUGAUGUGUCACAGGAGUUUGAUGGAGCAAGUACCGAAGAUGUUUUUACUCAAGUGUUUCCUGUAACUCAAAGGAAAAAACAACACUAUGUUCAUUUAAACACUACAAAAUUCAAACUGCCUACACAUUUUGGUUUCUUAAUUGAUGCCAAGUUAAAAGACCCUUCCAUGAAGGAAACUAUUUCUUCAAAGGAAUAUAGUUCUAUCUGUAGAACACUUGCAAGCGCCAUUGAACCUUUUACGCUGCAUCCCCACCCAGAUAGCAUCCGUUUUGUUGUGGAAAAACUUCUUUCCAAGUUUCCUGUUCUCGUAAUUGAACAAGAAAACGAAACGACAACUAUGAGAAUUAUGUUAGAAAAAUUGAAACGAAUUUUCGAAAACAAGAGGCGUACCAACAACCAACAAUUUUUUCGAAAAGGUGGACGGCCAAAAACAGAUGUUGCUGACGAAGGUCCCGAUGCCAAAAAGCGUAGAAACGCAGAUGAUCAGCGUAUAAGUAUUUUUUUUUGCAUUCAAAUCUAUUGA